AUGCCUCUUCACUAUAUGAGGAAUCCCAUGUACGCACUUUGUCUUUUAGCGGCACUUUGCGUACGACAGCAUGUGCAAAAUAACAGGUACGAAUUACGAGCGUUGUAUCGAAGAAACGAACGGCCUGAAUUAAUGAAAUAUGCGUUUUAACGACACAUCGUCACGUCUACAGGAUCGAGCAGCCACUAACGAAAGGCGUGUCGCUUCAAACUCCGACGUCGGUGCUGACGAAACCGAACGAAGCGAGUUUGAAGGUCGUAACAAACUCGAAGAAAGAAAUUCACAGCAGAAAAAUUAACGAGAAGAGGGAAGUGAACCUCGACGACGCGGAAUCGUUGAUUCAUUGUGUGCAGAACUUUGCAAAUCGGGCUCGGAGAAUCGCGGACAACAUCCGAUCGAGCAUACCGGUUUCAAAGUCUGCAGAGUACAUCGAUCCGCUAGCAUCGUCAAAUAUUCUAGAUUCGUUGCUAUACUUGACGAGCAGCAUUGGAAUCAAAUGGCUAGCCUGA